GAUCUUUGGUGCACUUGUCCUCAUCUUUGCACUCCAGCUUACUGCCAAAAUCUGUCAUUGCAGGAGAAAGGUGCAUGUACUUUCUGCUUUGUCCAGCUCCAUGCAAAGCUUGGCUUUGCAGCCCAGCGAGGCAGCAAAGUGAGGCUGACCUAUGCCAUAAACUGCAGCAGUAGCUAAGUGAUACCUACACCUACUUGCUGUAGACUCUUCCAGUGACCAGAAAGAUGUGACAAGUCGUUGAUGGGAAUGACAACAUGUGCUGUUGAAGUUGAGAAAUGCCUGUGUGGGACAAUGCUGUGUGAGACAGAGGCACGUUCAACACUUGCAGAACCAGCCCCCAUGGCUUAUCUCAAUGUGGAUGCUGAAGGGAACGGCGAGGUGUCACUGGAUGAAAUCACCAUCAGCUCCUCAUCGAGAGCUGCUGAGGUCUGCAGCAUGGAGGCAAAUGAAGAUCCUAAGACAGGGAGAUCUCAGAUGAAGAUUGAUCUGACAGCCUCCAGCAUAUGGACAACACAACAAGAUGGAGAAGUGAAACUGAGGAUGGAUGAGGAGGGCAUAGGCAGCGAGGCACCAAAGACUAUUCAUGAUCUGUUCCAAGAAGCUGUUAGAAAAUACGGUGAUUAUAAUGCUCUUGCAUACAAGAAGAAUGGCCAGUGGGUAAAACUCACAUAUAAGAUGUACUACGACAAGUGCUGGAAAACAGCCAAAAGCUUUCUGAAGCUGGGACUGAAGCGUUUCCAUGGAGUGUGCAUCCUGGGAUUUAAUUCCCCAGAGUGGUUUUUUGCUGACAUUGGAGCGAUCUUUGCAGGUGGACUUGCUGUUGGGAUCUACACUACCAACUCUCCUGAAGCCUGUCAGUAUGUGGCAGAGAACUGUAGUGCCGACAUUCUGGUUGUGGAAAACCAUACACAGCUGCAGAAAAUCUUACAAGUUGAGCAUAAACUACCUCACUUGAAAGCUAUCAUCCAGUAUGGGGAAGAGCUAAAAGAGAAGAGACCAAAUCUGUAUUCUUGGAAAGAGUUCUUGGACCUCGGUGAAGAUGUUCCAGAUUCCCAGCUCCGUAACAUCAUAGAGUUGCAGAAGCCAAACCAGUGCUGUACCUUGAUUUAUACCUCAGGGACAACUGGAAAGCCAAAGGGAGUAAUGCUCAGUCAUGACAAUCUGACAUGGACACCUCUAGCAGCUGGACGUUCCUUAAUGCUGACGGACGCUACUGAAAAGCAAGAGCUGGUGGUCAGCUAUCUGCCUCUCAGUCAUGUUGCUGCGCAGAUUAUAGAUAUUUGGCUAUCAAUAACAUUUGGAGGACAGGUUUUCUUUGCUCAGCCAGAUGCAUUAAAGGGCACCCUGGUGGACACCCUGCGUGAGGUGAGGCCGACUGCCUUCUUAGGAGUUCCUCGUGUCUGGGAAAAAAUAGAGGAAAAAAUGAAAUCCGUCGGUGCGAAAUCAUCAACACUCCGAAGAAAAGUGGCAAUGUGGGCCAAGGGAGUGGGGCUGCAGACAAACCUGAAGUGGAUGAACGGAUAUUCUGAAGUCCCAAUGAACUUCCGCCUGGCCAAGCAGUUGGUGUACAAGAAGGUUCGGAAGGCCAUUGGGCUGGAUCGGUGCACCAAGUGCUUCACAGGAGCCGCUCCCAUUAGCAGAGAGACUCUGGAAUUUUUCUUGAGUCUGAACAUCCCCGUGUUCGAGCUGUAUGGCAUGAGUGAGAGCUCAGGGCCUCACACGGUCUCCAUACCUCAAGCAUUCAGGCUUACCAGCUGUGGGAAGGAAAUGGCCGGCUGUCGGACGCUGAUUGAUAAACCAGAUGCAGAUGGCACUGGGGAGAUCUGCUUUGCAGGAAGGCACAUCUUUAUGGGCUAUUUGAACAUGGAGGAGAAAACCAAAGAGGCAAUUGACAAAGAUGGCUGGCUGCAUUCAGGAGACCUUGGCAAGCGUGAUAAAGAUGGAUUCAUUUACAUCACUGGCAGGAUUAAAGAGCUCAUCAUCACAGCAGGAGGUGAGAACGUUCCUCCUGUUCCAAUUGAGGAUGCUGUAAAAGAGGCCUGUCCCCUCAUCAGCAACGCCAUGUUGGUUGGAGACAAAGCCAAAUUCCUUGCUAUGCUUCUGACACUCAAGUGCACUGUAAAUAUAGAAAGUGGGGAGCCCGGAGAUGACCUCACUGCAGAAGCUAUUGAAUAUUGUCAAAAACUGGGCAGCAAGGCUACCAAAAUCUCUGAAAUCACAAGCAGCAAAGACAAGGCCAUCUAUGCAGCCAUCCAGGCAGCGAUUUCGGAAGUCAACAAGAGAGCUGUCUCAAAUGCUCAGAAAAUCCAGAAGUGGGUCAUUCUGGAGAAGGACUUUUCUGUCGGUGGUGGAGAGCUGGGCCCAACGAUGAAACUGAAGAGACCUGCGGUGGUACAGAAAUACAAAGAGCUGAUUGAUGAGUUCUACAUGGAUGCAAACACACCGACGACAACAGAAAACGCUCUUCGGCAGUGACGUGGUGUGGUAGGAAACUUCCCCUGGUGCAGCACUGUCAGCCUGGGCUCCCUGCAAUGGAUUCCGAGGGUUCUGCAGAAAUAAAAGAGGCUCAGCAGCCACGCAGCUUCCUGAGGUGACACCUGUACAUUUGUGGGCCCUAUUACUGCAUUGUGCUCACAGCCCGUUUUUCCUGUGUGUGUUCAGGUGCAGAGAUUGCUGUGGAUCUCUGCUUUGUAUUUUUACCUUUUCCUUUUACAAGGGCAGCGCAUUUACCGUGUCCAUUCACAGUGUAUGGUGUGUCUUUACCAAAGCUUUCUUUUCCCAAGCUGAAUGUAAAACAAUCAGGAUCUGCCUUUUUCCUGCUGCAUAGGGGAGGCAGAAGAUCCUUUUAGAGCAGCCUGUUUUGUUUUCAGUGCACGUUUAACUGCAUGCUGAUGGCAUCGGAAUUAUGUUAUACCUUUCUACCCACAACCCAUCAUCUGUUAAGGUCAAUGCUGUGGGGCUGCACACCCUGACAAGUCCGUGUGGAACCUGGACUUCACUUGGGUGGGUUUGUGCAAUACUUGGAGUCUGUUUCAGCUUCUUGAGCUAUAAGGAAACCAUAAAUUAUAUUGUUUAAGUAGGAUCCAUGGAGUAGGUUUGUUUUAAAAGGCUGUGUGUGUGUGUGUGUGUGUAACCUCUGUGUGUAGUCUUACAAUCAUAGACACGGUGUUUAGGUGGCACUCCAGAGCUGUGGGGCUGCAUUGGCUGAUGUGUAUAGAAGCAUAAAGGUGACAGCACAGGGAGCAGCUGCUUUGAGUGGUUCAGUGAGGCUCAUUCCUGCCUGGAGGGCCCUCAGUCCCCUCAGCGAAUGAAGGACUGCUUGUAAAACGGCUUAUUUCAAACGAGAAAUCUUUGAUCUGAAAAGAAAGUGGAAGAAGUUUUGUGCUGGUUCUCAGACCUGGGCACCUCAGGGAGGGUUUCAUGUUUAAAGCUGUAUUUCAUCUGGGCUCACGGCCGCAGCAAACAGCUCAAUGAGGUGCCCAUGGUGUGGGUGCUGCUCUAUGGGAACAGCUGCUCUUCUUGCACAACCAUUUCUCAGCUGUGUGACUUGGAAAUGCCUCGACUUUCAGAGCAAAGCCUAAUAAAUGCCCUCUGCUUUGUCUUCA